UCACAGCACGUUCAUAGUAAAUUUCACGUACGUACUCGCUCGUAGAAUCGAUCGCAAGCUAGAGAGAGACUAGAGAGUGGCAACAAUGGGGCUCCACAACAAGAACGACGACAAGCUCGCCGCCGGCGACCACCGCAAGGAGGAGAAGCACCACAAGCACAUGGGGCAGCUCGCCAAGCUCGGCGCCGUCGCCGCCGGAGCAUACGCCAUGCACGAGAAGCACAAGGCGAAGAAGGAGCCGGAGAACGCGCGGUCGCACAGGGUGAAGGAGGAGAUCGCCGCCACCAUCGCCGCCGGCAGCGUCGGCCUCGCCAUCCACGAGCAUCACAAGAAGAAGGAAGCAAAGAAGCAUGGCCAACAUUAGCUGGCUAGCUUAGCUACCUUGGUUAUCUUGUAUCAUGGCGUCGUUCCAUGUGAUUAUCUUGUUUCAGGUGUUGGAUGCUCAUGUAUAUUAAGUGAUUUGGUUGAAUAAUGUAUGCACACUUGUACAGUACUCUUUUUACAUAUACAAUAUGUUUCGUUGUGCUAGAGACAAUACAUCGCUACGAUAACAUCCAAGUCUU